AGAACGAUACGCUGAUUACGUCAUCAGAACUCAACGUCUCUUCAACAACCAGACAACAUAUUAUGAAUAUCAGUGCAACAAAUAAUACAUAUUCAGCUGUUAAACCGUUGGCGGACCCAUUGAUUACAUUCACUGUACCGGCGACUAUGUUUGCCGCCGGCGUUAUUGGUAAUAUACUGGCAACUGUUGUUCUAGCUCGGUCAUCAAGGGAACACAAACGGAGAGUGUUUUAUAGACUUGUCGGGGCACUUGCUUGCACAGAUUUGCUUGGCACGUGCGCCACCUCACCCGUAACGUUAGCGGUGUAUGCUAAUAAUUUUAAAUGGGUUGGAGGAAUGCCUCUUUGCAAUUAUGAAUCAUUUAUGCUUAUUUUCGCGAGUUGUUCAACAAUUUUGAUAAUUUGUACUAUGGCAGUGGACCGUUUUGUGUCAAUUUGUCAUCCAUUCGUUUACGACAAGCACGUUACCAUUGGUAAAACAAAAUACGCACUCAUGGCGCUUUGGUCGUUUGCUUUUGUUAUGGGCUGUUUGCCAAUAAUUGGUCUCGGUGAAAAUAUCGUACAGUUUCCAGGAACUUGGUGUUUUUUCACGUUUACAAGCAGUGUGAUAAAGAAUAAAAUGUAUGCAUAUUUCUAUGCAAUAAUUGGCAUUCUUGGGAUAGUUGUAACCGCGAUAUCCAACCUCUUUGUGAUCAGUGUGUUAAUUAAGAUGCGAUGUGCUGCGGUUGCGAUGGCACCUUGCCAUGCGUGUUCACACAGACAAAGCAGAGAAAUUCAAAUGAUGAUACUGAUGAUUGGAAUUGUCGUAAUUUUCUCCACGUGCUGGUGUCCUUUUUUGGUUCGAAUUAUCAUCAACCAGAUUCACCACAAACACGUGAAUGUCAAAGCUGACCUAAUGACGCUACGUCUAGCUUCUCUUAACCAAAUACUGGACCCAUGGAUAUACAUUCUUUUCAGAAAAGAAAUGUUCGCUAAAGGAAUGAAAUUGGUUCGAAAUGUUAUGGAAAGAUUUUGCAAGAAGGUAUAUAGAAAACAAAGUGCUUGUAGUUUGAAAAACGGCAUUACAAGUACAACUGCAACGAUUGUUGAGAAUGAAACUACAGCCGACAGCUUAGCGAACAAUUUUGACGAAAACGAUAUGUUUCUAAGUGAACUUAGUACUACAUCAACGUCAAGAGCAAGUACGAAGACUUCUAGAAAAUCUAAAUCAGAUCGUAAGGAGCGACCAUCUUUGCAAAAACUGAUGAGUCAGCACAACCCUCAAUGUGCUUUUGGACUAAAGCAUCCCUCAAGUCUGUUUUGUUUUACACAUCUUCCUCAAGCAUUUGCAUUGUCGCUCGGUACUGCACAAGUUGUCACAACAGAACUAGCUGCGACGGAAGAAAACAAUCUACCAAGCGAACCUGAAUGAUAUACACACGUUACGUUAAUUCUAUGACAACUAUGCGCUAAUUAUGCGCUAAUUAUGCCAUAUUACCCCAUAUUUAUUAUACGCCCGUUUGAAAAAAAAACGGGACGUAUUGUUUUCAUCCUUUACGGACGGAUGGGCGGUUGGGCUGUGUAGCGGGCGGAAAAAAAAGGUGUCCGCUCAAUAACUAGAACUAGACUAAACUUAUAUGAAGUAUGCAUCUCUAUAAAAUCUAGGCCAAGUUCGAUAACCUGCCAGUUCGGACCAGUAUCUUUAGAGUUAUGGCCCUUGAAUUGGUCAAAAAUGCCAAAAUUGAUAGUGUCCGCUCGAUAACUAGAGUAUUUUUUUUAUCAGAACUGUACAUAACUUAUACAGAAUGUGUAUCUUUAUAAAAUCUAAGUCUGGUUCGACAAACAGCCAGUUCGGAGCAGUAUCUCUAGAGUUAUGGUCCUUUUAUUGGACAAAAUUGCCCAAACUGACUGCUCGAUAACUAUAGUAAUUUUAUUUUGAUAACAACCAUACUUAUACAGAAGAUGUAUUACUACAAAAUCUUGAUCAAAUUUGAAAGCUAACGAGUUCGGACCAGUAUCUCUAAGAGUUAUGGCUCUUGAGUUGUUCAAAAUUGCAAAAUUUGACAUUUUCUGCCCCACACUUAAACUAAUUUUUUGAGCAAUCUUAUUUUUACUCGGCAUAAAUGCUAGCCUCAAUGACAAUGAGUGUCAUGGAUAAACCAAAGUCCCUUUUCUUAAAGGUCAAUGUAACGCUUAGGGGUCAAUGGUCAUAUAAAAUCUUAGGCCCUAACUGUGACAUACAUUUUUGUUUAGCAAAGAUAAUUACCUUAAUGGAACAGUAUUAACACAGGACACAGAUAAACCUCUUUUUGCGCAGUUUGUAGGAUUACUUCCCUUUGUUAUUACUAUAAAUAGCUUAUAUUGUAACGCAAGAUUGUAAAUCAGUAAUCUAGUAAGAUAUAAGUAUAGUGGCUGAUUUCUGCCAUUUCGUGUUGGCGGGGCGAAAACACGACAACCCGACAUAAACCUGAUUUGUCGAGUUUUCGUGUCGGCGGGGCAAAAGCACAACACAUUUUACGCUUAGAGGGCGCCGACACGACUUUAUCUGUCAAGUUUUCGUGUUGGCGGGUAUAAAUAUGUCGUGUUGGCGCCCUUUAUUUGUCGUGUUUUCGCGCUGCCGACCUGAAAACUCGACAAACUAGCUAUUUGUCGAGUUUUCAUGUUGUUUGUUGUCGCCCCGCCGACAUGACAAAUACUUUUCAGACACUCAUGUUAGGUAGGUCAGGGCGUGUCCGCCUGGAAAUGUUUGAAAUAUAUGAAUAAAAUUGUAGCCUCUGCUGCAUGUUUUGAGUCCAAAUUUUGAGGUACGGUGGUUAACCCCCUCCUGACAGUGGAAUCACAGGGUCUCUCCCUUGUCAUUUUUUGAAUAUAGGUAUGAAAUGGUGGUCCCUGCUGCAUUUUUGUCCAAAAUUUGAGGUACGUAAGGGGUCAUGCCCUCCUAUUUAGGGGAUCAGAUGGUAUUCCCACGGACAUUUUUGAAAUAUAGGAAUGCAAUGGUGGCCUCUGGUGCAUUUUUGGAUCUAAAUUGUGAGAAAAUAUUAUUUUGAUAUUCGACCUUCGUCUUUCGAUAUCUUUUUAUGUAACAAAAUGGUAUUCGGUCGAAAUAUACAUAAAACAUAAGUCAAUUUUUAUUCUUAAACCUAUAUUUUCUAGCAUGCAGUUAUGUUGUGUUCAGUUCAGUAAUUGUUGUGUGCAUGUCUAACGGAAGAUGCCAAAGCGAAAACACGAAAACUCGACAAAUAAGAUAUUUGUCUUGUUUUCGAGUUUUCGUGUCGGCGGGGCGAAAACAUGACAAAUAAGGUAUUUGUCGUGUUUUCGUGUUGGCGGGGCGAAAUCCUGAAAAAUACCUAAUUUGUCGAGUUUUCGUGUCGGCGGGGCGAAAACACGACAGCACGACAAAUAAAGGCGCCAAUAUGACAUAUUCAUACCCGCCAACACGAAAACUUGGCAAAUAAAUAUGUCGUGUCGGCGCCCUCUAAACGUCGUGCUUUCGCCCCGACAACACGAAAUGGCAGAAAUCAGCCACCAUAUAUAAGGGAGUCGGACAGUCCAUGUUUUAAUAUAAUAUUACAAAGUACAAAGUCACGCUUUGGCAAUCAGUAACUAAGUUUAGUGUUCUCAUAUCAGUUACACUCAUCACUUACACAAUUUACAAAAUACACAAAACAAACAAACAAACAAAUAAACGGAACAACUGAUAGACAUAACAAUUGACUCAAUACACAAAACAACUAUGAAAUGCUGAUAAAAUUUAAUAUAAACAGUGAACAGCAAAAAUACAGCUUGUUUAAAUGUACACAACCAGCUGUACAUAACAACUUAAAAAUGUGGAGAACUUUAAACUGCACAUACUAUUUUGCAUCUGACCAAGAACGUGCAGCUAAUGCAAAUCCUUUUUAAAAGUGUGAUAUAUUUUCACCCUUUAAACGUAAAUACAGCGAUACAAUGAUAUGACAUCGUACCCAGCUUGAAGACCUCGGUAAGAUUAGUGUAUACAUUUUAAGAUUACACACAGUUAUGAGACCUUACCGAACUUCAAAACCGUUUACUGUAAAGUCUUAAUAUGUAAAAGUAGUAUAUUGUGUACUUUUACAUUGUAAAUUUAAGGAUAACAUGGUGUAAUAGCCAUAUUUCAUAUCUUGUAACUGUAUGGUAAUAUUUAAAUGAAAUUUGGUCACUUUAAAGACAUUCAAAGUUAAAAACUUUUCACCGAGAGAUUUUUCAAAUUUUAGCAUUUUUUGGGGGAGAUAAUCAGUAUUGAAGUUACCAUUGAUGCCUAUGGAAAAUAUAUAAUUUCUUUGAUUAUAAGAAUCUGAACUUGAAUUUCGAGAAAAUUUUGCGGUAGAAAGCUGCAAUAUAUGAUUCUGAUACAAAUAUCACAAAAAAAAUCUAAAAUUCCCCGUAGGGAAAAGGAGAAAAUCAUUUUUUUCUAGUUUUCAGGGGAGAUGACUCAUGAAAAACCAAAAUUAUCAGGGGAGGUAAUAUAAAGGAAAUUUUUGAGAACUUCUGUCACUAUAUAACUUCUCAAUAUGCACCUUAUUUCUAUCGUUUGACAUUUUUAAAGCUUACAUUAUCAAGUUGUAUGUGCGCUUUUGGUGAAAUUGAGGCCUAUUACACCAGGUUAUCCUUAAGCCGGGCGGACAGAUCAUUUAUAAUAUUUACUAAACGCCAUUACAAACUAAUCCUUCAGUACGUAGGUAAGUUUGAAAGUCUGAUGUUAUGUUUUCAUUUCUUACAAAAAUUCAGUCUGAACUUCAGUAUAGCCUAAAUAGUGUCCAUAAUUGGUGUAAAAUAAAUAACAUGUCACUUCAUCCUUCAAAAACAAAAUGUAUGGUAUUGAGCACUAGAGUCAAAAUAAAACAUACUAAAAAACUUGAGUUAAUUUAAGACGGUUCGGUCAUUGAAAAUGUGAAGUGUCAGAAAGUUCUAGGUGUAUAUAUCGAUGAAACUCUGUCUUGGCAAUCCCACGUUAGUAUCAUGGCCAAUAAACUAAACUCAAAAAUUGCUCUACUUAGAAGAAUUGCAUUUUUCUUAACAGAUGAGAUGAAACUAUUGUAUUACAAUGCAUAUAUUAUGUCAACCAUGGAGUAUUGUUGCAAUGUCUGGGGACUUCGUCACAAAUCGGACACUGAUAAAAUUACAUCUUUGCAGAGACGCGCUAUAAAAAUAAUUACAAAAUCAAAGUGUAGCAACUUUGAUGAAAUAUUAAGAAAUUCAAAACUUCUAUCUUUUGAGAACAGGUGCAAAUACCAUAUUUCAUUAUUAGUGUACAAAAGUAAAACAGGAGAUUGUCCUAUAUACAUUUCAGAUUUACUACAUUUUGUUCAUAAUGAUCAUUACACUCUGCGCUCAAUCGAAAACAUGGAUCUUUCUAUUGUUAAACCUAAAACGAACUACCUGAAACAAACAUUUAGCUACAAAGCUGCACACAUAUGGAAUUCACUUCCUUCUUACAUUAAACUUCAUAAUAAUAAUAUAACUACUUUCAAGCAUAAUUUAAAGAAUUUUCUCUUGUUAAAAUAGUUUUUAACAAUUAAUUACUUGUAAUUACAAGAAUUGUGUUGAAUUGAUGUUACUGUAUUCUAUUCCAAUAAUAAUAAUAUUCAUACUAUCUUAUUAUUCAAAUCUGGAACUAUUUAUUAUCUUAUGGGACAGACUUUCUUUUUUGUAUGUAUCUUAAUUGUCAUGUAUAAUCUUUGUGACGCAUGAUAAUUCUUUUAAAACAUAGUUAUUGUUACAUUACGUUUAUUUAAGCCUUCUUUAAUUUGAGACGUGUUUGUCGAGAAAAUUUAAUUAAUUCUGAUAUGUGUAUUUUUGUAUAAAUGUUAAAUUAUAAAUUGACUGUAUGAUUGUGUGUAUGUGUGAAUGUAUAUCAGUUGAAGGCCAUACUGGAAAUAAGUUGUAAAAUAUCUGUAUUUGUACACUUAGUAUGUCACCUUCAGAAAAUAAAGUUAUUAUUAUUAUUA